AUGGUCAACGAGUCGACGCCCCUCAUCCAGACGGUUCGCGUCGGGCCUCCCCGGAGGAGGUAUCCGCACCAAACGUUACGCCGCUUCUGCACCAUCGCUUGCACCUGCGUUCUCAUCGGCGGCUUCAUCUGCUUCGCCAUUCAAGCAUUGUUCGUGUGGCCGCCUCGCCAUCGUCACAGCCAUUCCAGUCACGGCGCCAAGGCCAUCACCCAAGAGGCCCUGCGAUCCAUUCUUCUCAACACGCCCUCCGCCGAGUCCGCCAAGGAAUGGAGCAGCUACUACACGUCUGGGCCGCACCUGGCCGGGAAGAAUUACUCGCAGGCCGAGUGGACGGGAGACAAGUGGCAGCACUGGGGUGUUGAUGCCAGCAUCGUGGCGUAUGACGUUUACAUCAACUAUCCCGUCGAUCACAAGCUUUCUUUGCUCCAGAGAUCCGGCAAGGACGCUCCGUGGUCUCUCGCCUUCGAGGCUUCCCUCGCCGAGGACGUGCUGGAGCAAGACCCCACCACGGCUCUCGCCUCUCGCGUCCCAACCUUCCAUGGCUACUCCGCCAGCGGAAACGUUACCGCCCCGUUUGUCUACGUCAACUAUGGCACCUACCAGGAUUUUGAGGACUUGGUCGGCGCCGGAAUCCACCUUGAGGGCAAGAUUGCCGUUGCCAGAUACGGCGGCAUCUUUCGCGGGCUCAAGGUGAAGCGAGCCCAGGAGCUCGGCAUGGUCGGCACCAUCAUCUACAGCGACCCUGGUGAUGACGGCGAGAUGACCGAGGAGAAAGGGCACAAGAGUUAUCCUGACGGCCCUGCACGAAACCCGACCAGCGUGCAGCGGGGAAGUGUCCAGUACCUUAGCAUCCGGCCCGGCGACCCCACGACCCCCGGUUACCCGUCGAAGCCUGGUGCCCCUCGCGCCCCCGCCGAUGAUUCGACACCUUCGAUCCCGUCCAUCCCCAUCUCAUACGCCGAUGCGAUCCCCAUCCUCAAGGCCCUCAACGGCCACGGCCCCGAUGCCGCGAGUCUGAACAAGUACUGGACGAGAAACCUCGGCCUCGGAUACAAGGGAGUCGACUAUCACGUUGGCCCGACACCCGACAACCUAGUCCUUAACCUGUACAACGAGCAGAGUUACACGACGACCCCCAUAUGGGAUGUCAUCGGCAUCGUGAACGGCACCGUUUCCAACGAGGUCAUCAUCGUCGGAAACCACCGAGACGCUUGGAUCGCAGGCGGAGCCGCCGACCCGAACAGCGGCUCCGCUGUGCUCAACGAGGUUGUCCGCAGUGUCGGCAAGGCGGUCGAGGCCGGCUGGAAACCCCUUCGCACCAUCGUUUUCGCCAGCUGGGAUGGCGAGGAGUAUGGCCUCGUGGGCAGCACCGAAUGGGUCGAGGAGUAUCUCCCCUGGCUAUCCCAUGCCAACGUGGCGUACAUCAACGUCGACGUCGGCACCUCGGGUCCCGACUUCUCCGCCUCCGCUGCCCCUCUGCUCAACCGGGUCCUCCGCGCUGCGACGAAACUGGUUCCAUCCCCCAACCAGACUGUCAUUGGCCAAACCGUUGGCGAUGUGUGGCAUGGCAAGAUCAGCACCAUGGGAAGCGGAAGCGAUUUUACUGCUUUCCAAGAUUUUGCGGGCAUCCCCAGCAUCGACAUGGGUUUCAAGAGCGCCCGAGGUGGCCCUGUCUACCAGUACCACAGCAACUAUGAUAGCUUUCAUUGGAUGAACGAGUUUGGCGAUCCGGGCUUCAAGUAUCACGAGGCCAUGGCCAAGGUCCUCGGAGUUUUGCUCGGCGAACUUUCAAACAGCAUCGUCAUUCCUUUCGGCGCCACAGAUUACGCCGAUGCAUUGGAUGGAUACCUCGAUAAGGUCCAAGAUUCUCUCAACUCUCGCAAGGACACGACGGAUUCGAACUCCGACGAUGACGUCUUCGCCGUUCGUGCUACCGUAUCGGCCAAGAACAUAACCGGUAGCGCGGAUGCCUUUCAGGAGAGUCUCGCGUCUAUUCGCAAGUCUCUUGCGGCCCUGCAUACGAAAGCUGCCAAAGUUGACGAGCGCGCUGCGUGGGCAAACCGCAUGCUCGAGGAGGGCCUGCCGUGGUGGAACAUCAUCGGCAAGGUGAAGCUGUGGAUCACCGUUGCCAACGUGAACACGCAGUACAAGUAUCUGGAGCGAAACUUUUUGUUCGAGGGCGGCUUGGAUAGCCGCAGCUGGUUCAAGCAUGUCGUAUUUGCCCCGGGUCUGUGGACUGGCUACUCUGGCGCCGUGUUCCCUGGACUGAUGGAGAGCAUUGACGCUGGAGAUUACAACAAUGGGCUCAAGUGGGCGGGCAUCAUUGACCGCUGCGUCAGAAAGGCCAUCAAGAGCCUUACUUAA